AUGUCCGCCGGCCCGUCCAUCAUUCGCAAGUCCGGCAGCACAACCAGAUCCAAUCUCGAGCUCGUCAACUCGCUGCGCGAGCACUUCGUCGCCGCCCGCUACGACUACGCCGCCCAGGCAAACCACACCAAUGGGCUGACCAACGGCUACGAAAACGGCAACGGCAACAGCUUCUCCAAUGGCCACAGCAACGGCAACGGCCACAGUACCAGACGUUCAACCUCGCCGCCGCAGACGCCCGUCGACGUGUGGACCGAGCGAGACGGGAAGGCGCUGUACAUCCCCCGCAUCAAUUGGCAGGCAGCCGGUCUGCGCGAGGAAUCCAGCGAGUAUGAAAUCACAGUGAAGCUGUUUCUCCUUCCCGACACACCCGUCGCCAAGCGGGAACAAUACGUGCGUGAAGCGCUCGCGCUCGUCAGCAAGGAACUCGGCGUCGAGACCAUCGAUUUGCUGGUCGUCUCCUUCCCGGGGAUGUCUUUUGAAGGAAACUGCGAGUGGGAGGCCGACAAGAUCAAUGCUCAGCAGGGCAAUCUUGAAGAGGAGCUGGCGACGUGGAAGUUCUUCGAGGAGCUGCACCGCCAGGGCGUCGCCAAGCGGCUGGGUGUCGCCGAAUUCGGCAGCGAGAAGCUAGCCGCCUUCAUCAAGCGGACCACCGUCGCCCCCGUUGUCGACCAGAUCAACCUGCGCGACUGCUGCAGCGUUCCUCCGCCGCUGAAGAAGCUGGCCGAGGAGAAGGGUGUUGAGCUCAACGUGCACAUUGACUGCACGGACAUCCUGCCUCGCGGUACCCUGCGCGAACUCCUGAGUCACGGCCCUCAGGGUGCAGGAGUGCUGGCCGACGCAGCUGACAGCGGCCCGGGGCUGCAAGGCGAAAUCGUCCCGGAGUGGGUGGUCCGGUACAUGGCUUUUGUACGAGACCGGGGCGUCAUCGAGAACAAGGGAUACUUUGCCGGCGCCGAGCUGGUUCAGGCAUAG